AUGACCCAUCAGAACGUGGACUCUCCUUCACAGGUAUGGGACAAACUAUCGAAGCUUCUCCCUACUCGCGAAGUCGAUAGUGAAUUUUGGUGGCAGCUCACGGGACGGCACCUUGCCAUACUGGUUGAUGCUGCUGGUUAUUCGUUGGAGAGGCAGUAUGAAGCCUUGUUGUUCCAUUACCACUGGGCCGUGUCCCAUAUGGGCCGGAAACCCUCACCUUCAGGCGAGCUGCAAUACAAAUCAGCUAUCACGAUAGAAGGUUCUCCAAUAGAAUACUCGUGGAAAUGGAACAAGCGGUCACCCACCAGCCAACCGGACAUCCGCUAUUCCCUUGAGCCCAUCGGCCCCGUCUCUGGGACAACACAAGACCCAGAGAACCGGCAGGCCGGGACCAAGCUUGCCCGUCGCCUCGCAGCAGCGUUUCAGGCUGACCUGACCUGGACGGACCACUUCCUUUCCACCUUGUUCGACCAAGGCCAGCACCAGAGGGCAUUGGAGUUGGCUGAGGCUGGCACGCCAACCGGAACCACGUUUGCCGUGGCAGCUGAGUUCGUUCCCAGCGGCCUGGGUUUUAAAACAUACUGUGCGCCACGUGCCGUGACUCCGCCGUUUCUACCUCAUAUAGAACUGUUUACGCCCUCUUUGAGACAACUACAUCCCACAAGCCCUGCCCGAGACGCUCUCCUGGACUUUCUAUCUUCAGGACCAGAGGGGCAGGCGCUGAUGCCCCUCAUGGUCGCUGUUGAUGCCGUAUCAUCAGCCAAGUCACGGUUGAAAUGGUACUUUAUGACGCCACACACCAGCUUCGCGUCGGCACGCGACAUCAUCACCCUGGGCGGGCGGCGGCCCAACAUGGACAAGACGGUAGAGGAGGUACGCACUUUGAUUCAUGCGGCCGUGGGGCUGCCUGCCGGUUUCUCAGACAACGAAGAGCUUCCCAGCGCCCCGCGGCACGACCCAGCCUCUGACAAGUAUGCCGGGGAGGCACCGAAUUCACCGCCAGGACUGAUCUAUUAUUUCGACAUCCAGCCUGACAAACCGCUGCCGGAGGUGAAGCUGUAUGUGCCCGUGUGGCGGUACGCAAGCGAUGACCUCAGCGUCGCCCGCCGCACCGUAGAGUGGAUGAAAGAGCGAGGACGGGGUUCGUAUGCAGACCGGUUCCUAGGCAUGCUGGAGAGGUUGGCCGAUCACAGGGCCCUGUCAGAUGGUUCCGGCCUGCAAGCGUCUGUGAGCUGUGUUUGCAACGAGGGAGACGAACUUGACGUUACAACAUAUCUCACACCCGAGGCAAAGCAUGCAAAGCGUUGGGCAAACGGAUCGAGCAAUUGA